AUGGGUAGCCAACUUGGGAUGUCUUAUCCUUACGGGGUUUCUCCUAAUCAACCACCUGUCAUACUUUCGAAUGAAUCUAGAAGGGCGACUAUUGAUCCAUCUAUCAGCGACAAAGAAUCUCUAACGCCAUCAUCUGUUCCAACAACUCAGGUGCCACCACACUCAUCACAAGAAGAGCGUGAAGUUGAGCUGGAGGAAAAUGAAUCGAAAAGAAGAUUCUGGUCUCCCGAUGAAGAUGUGGUCCUAGCGAAGUCAUGGGCAACUAUAAGCACCGAUGCAAUCAUUGGUAAUGACCAGAAGGAUCAAGCUUUUUGGAAACGUAUUGGUGAUUACUACAACAAACAUCGCCCCACUGGAUCUAUGACGAGAAGUUAUCAGUGUCUGAAAUCACAUUAUUACAGACAUGGCAACGAAGGAGCUCACAGUGGUUUAACCACUGUGGAUGUUCUAAGAUCCCUGCCUACUGGACACAGUCAAUGCCACCUGGCUUCUGUUGCACCGGGUUUGGAUCGGUACCGGCCUGAUCAACGGACCUUGCUUGCUAUUCGGAGCACGCCAUGGCCUCAAAGGAUCCGCAAUAAUCCCAUUAAGAUCCGUUAA